AUGGCCCACUUCUUCGAGAUGCAAGCUAGAAAAGAUGAGGUGGUGAAGAACUUUUUUGCCAGAACGCAGGAUGCUAGUGACUCACUCCCGUUGGAGGUGGCGGCAGUCACCAAAAUCCAGUCCGUGCAUCGAGCUACUCAAAUCCGGAUCAUCUACCACGCCAUCGUUGCAGCAGCGAGCCUCAUCCAACGUAUGGUGCGUGGCUGCCUGGGUCGCAAAAAGGCUCGAGAGGUCAGCGAUGAGCGAAAGAAUCGCCUCAAACUGCACUUCUUCCAUCAUUGCGCCUGCACGAUUCAGAGGGUCUUCCGUGGACGCUGGAGCCGAAAGCGCGUGCACAGCUUCUAUGGCCGAAAGGUCUACUUGGAGAAGGUUGAAAAGCGCGGCGUGUGGACAAAAGCAUUCCUCAUUGAGGAACACAAGGAGAAGUUGGCAGCGGCAAAAAUUCAGGAGGAGCAAAAGGUCAAAGAGGAGUUUGACAACUUAGCUGGCGACCUGCACCACCUGAUGAGCACAAGGACGAUCCCAGGUGUGUACAAUCCACCUUACAGCGACCUGCUGCCACGGGCUUUUGAGAAGCCCAUUGAGGAGCACUUGCGCGAUGCGUGUGUAGUGAAGGUGCCAGCAUCUAUGAAAAGGCCUCGGCACAAGUCGGCAGCUGCGGCCCGUUCGGCACGCUUUGGGAUGUCACAGGCUGAGAUGUCACAGGAACAACGUGGGAUGCCCCCGCAGGAGCUUCCAGAUCGGGCACCCUAUUUCUCUCGAGCAGCGAGCUCGGGUCGGCUGCGCAAGAAUCAAGGGCCUUUCAGAUCCAAAGAGCAAAUCGAAGUGGCCAACGUGAAGGCGGCAAACAUGUACAGAAGUAUCCAAGCCACGGGGCCUUAUGACGCCUUGGAGCGUGACAAGAGGAUGCAGGCUAAAAUCUCCAAGAUGGCAAGAUCUUCGCCCUUGGACUUCCGCGCUGCCGGGGAAAAGCAGAAGCCGGCGCCCUCUAGCAUUCGUGUGCUGGGAACUUAG